AUGCCGUCUGCGUCUGUCGCCGCUGCUGCCCUUAGGUCGUCUGCUGCUGCGAAGCCGUCUACCCUAAGAUCGGUUGGUGUUGCUGUCCAGCCCCCUGUUCGAUCCCCUGGCGAGGCUUCUCUGUCUAGUGCUAUGAUUGGGGGCUCUGCGGGGGUUUCUUCUAAGGAUGGUGAUACGAUGCAUCCAGUGCCCUCCGUUGUUGAUCAGGCUGCCCGUGGCUUGGGGCCUGUGGCUGUUACUGUUUCGGGGUUUUUGGCCAAGCCUUCCUCAGCUACACACUUGGAUUUCCCAAAGUUGGGAACUGAUCUUAAAAGCUGCACGUACUCCCCCACACAAUCUCUGGUAGCCACCUGCAAAGUCACUAUCGUGUACCCUGUCGGCUCCGUCAACUCCUCCGGUCCGACCCGUGUUUUGUUUCGCCAACGUUCUGCUCCGGCCGCGGCCCUGCUGCGUUCACCGUCGGUGACCCGAACUCCGUCAUUGGCGGCCCAUACUCCUACCAUCGGCAGCCCUCCCAGCGCCGCUACCACUCACCUCUGGUCGACCUCCUUCCCGUCAGGGGACCUCUACACCACCCGACCUCCUGCCACGCGGCCCUCGGCUGCCGACACCUCAUCGCCACGUGGAAACCCGUCAUCAACCACAUCGGCAGUACCGUAUGUCACAUUAGAGCCCAGUUAG